AUGGGUGCAGGGAUGUGGAGCGAAACGAGCGGUGGAUUUGGAUUAAGUACCCAAUUACUUGGGCGAACUGAGAACCAGGAAUUGUUGUCAUGUGACAACAAUCAAGAAAAGAUAAUUAUAACGGAAAAAGGGAAGCAAAAAAUGUUGUCUCGAGAAGCAAUUUCAAAGUGUUUUUACAUGCCAAUAAAUCAAGCAGCCAAGGAACUCAAUAUUGGGGUGACACUUUUGAAGAUAAGAUGUAGGGAUUUGGGAAUUCGAAGGUGGCCACAUAGGAAGUUAAUGAGUCUUCAAACCCUAAUCAAGAAUGUUAAGACAUGUUACCCUUGUUUCGAUGAUGAAUAUUUGCAGGAAUUGAAGAGGGGGGAAGGAAAUGGUAUGGAACAGAAGUGGAAGGAUGUGAUAGAUUCAUUAGAGGAAGAGAAGAAAAGGAUGGAGGAAAUCCCGGACAUGGAACUCGAGGAGAAAACAAAGAAAUUAAGGCAAUCUUGUUUCAAGGCUAACCACAAGAAGAGAAAGCUUAUGGGUAUGGCAGAAUUGCAGGCUUCUUUUGAUACUUACAAAUGCGAUAGUGGUCCAUUAACAUUUGUACAAUAA